GCAUGCCCAUAUCACAGGGUGGCUGAGUUGCAGUUAUCUGUAAACCGUAGACGAGAAAAGUUGCGUCCCGUAUUAAAAAAAAAAUUAUUCAAGAAAAUGACAACGCUUUUAAGAAAAAUGUUGAAGAACAAUUCGAAACACAAAAAACUUUGUGAGGAGUGGGCGCUAGCUGAGUGUGAGGGGGAGGGCUGGUGGAAAGAGGCGCGGGAAGGGAAAGGAAACACAGAGGUCCGGUACGCAGGGGUCGCACCCGUGGAGCGAGCCGCCUCCGCCCCCGCUACCGCUCUUGCUGUGCGCUCGGCCUUACACACGGCGAAAACUAUGAACAAAAAGUUGCCGAGAGUGAAUUUGGAUAUCAGUCCUAAGGGUAUCCUUGUGUCUGACGCUGAAUCACAAGAAGACGUUCUCAGCCUGUCCAUUUACAGAAUCUCAUACUGCUCAGCGGACGCGGCGAACGCUCGUGUGUUCGCAGUGGUAGAAGGCGCGGAAGCCGGGGCGGGCGACGAGCACGCGGUUCACGUGUUCGUGUGCGCUAGACGCAAGCAAGCGCGCACCUUGGCUCUAUCGCUGGCACAUGCGUUUAAUGAUGCCUACCAGGCGUGGCAAGCUAACGAAGCGGCAUCCUUGAAAUCGGGAGGCAAAAGACUAAUAACUCCCUGGGUAAAUUUCCCCGAUGAGUCCGACGAGGAUGUUGUGGAUCAGUGGGACGCGCCCGCUCCGCUUGUCACUUUCGCUUAACUCUUAAACAUAUUAUAAAAUUAUUAAGACAUUUGCACUAAAAGUUAAAUAUAUUAAGACAUUUUGGUAAAAAAAUCAUUUAGGCAACAAAAUCGUCGGCCAUUUUUCACAAGUCUAGCCGUCAAAAUGUAUACAUACUUAUUAUUUUUUAAUUCAAAAUCUUAUAGUUUUCGGCUAGAAUUAAUGUAAUUGUAAUAUCAAAAUAAACCUAGACUAAGAAAUAAAAUUAUAUUUUUGUUAGAUAUUCAUCUAGAUUUCAGUAAAAAAAAUAUAAAAUUUAUAAAUAUAUAAAAAAUAUAAUUUUACCGGAAGAAAGCUUUAUUGUGUUUAAGUGUUAUUGAUUUUUAUGAUGAUGGAACUUGUAUUGACUAAUCACUUGUUAUAAUUCUCGUUAUUUUAUACAUGUAUACUUAUAAUUUAAGGAGUAUAUUUCGACUGUUUUAGAUUUAUAUACAUUAUAAGAAUAUUCUUAAUGAAAUAAAGUAUUUGUAAAUUCGGUUUAAUUCUAUAAUAUCAUAUAAAUAAAAUUUAUGAAUAUAAUGGAAAAGCAUUCCAUUCGUUA